UGCAGAAGCCGGUGCCUCUGCUGAGCAGGAUGCCCAUGGUUGUGGCAGUAGCGCUGGUCGUUGCACUCCUGGCACUGGGGAUUUUGCUGCUCUUUGUGCGCUUCAGGCGAAAGUACAGUGGUUCAAAAACCUCGGAGAACACCGGUGCUGUCCCCCUGCAGACAGGUGCGUGCAGGUUGAACACCCAGAUCCCCGUGGAGGAACUGCUGGAGGCUCUGAAGAAGUUUAAGAGGGCAGAAAUAGAGGCAGAGCAGACAGAGGAUGAAUCUGUCGACAGACAUGAUGCUGGGCGUCUGAGGGAGUAUCAGCAACUGUCCUCCACUUUGCUGCACCCCUGCGAUGCUGGGAAGGAGCUGUGUAACCAGGGCAAGAACCGCUACAAGAGCAUCAUCCCGUAUGAUCACUGCCGUGUGGUGCUGCAGCCCUCUGACACAGGGAAUGACUACAUCAAUGCCAGCUAUGUGGAUAGCUACCGAAGUCCACGCUUCUUCAUUGCAGCUCAAGGCCCCUUGCCUGGGACGGUGGUGGAUUUCUGGCAGAUGGUCUGGCAGGAGAAGACCUCGGUCAUUGUGAUGCUGACGGGCUUAGUGGAGCAGAACAAGACCAAGUGCGAGCAGUAUUGGCCAGAGCAGGAGCAGGUCUAUGGGGACUUCACUGUAACACUCAACAACAUCAGGACCACCACGGGCCUUGUCACACGCAUCUUCUGCCUGCAGAAGCAUGAGGAAGCAGAGAGCAAAGUGAAUUAUGUGCUGGGUAAAUUUGCCCUUUGCUGUUUGAUGAGUGCAGGGAUCGGACGCACAGGUACCUUCAUUGCCCUGGACUUCCUCCUGAAGAUGGGGAAGGCCGAGGGGAAGGUGGAUGUGUUUCACUGCGUGCGGAGGCUGCGGGAGCAGCGGGUCAGCAUGGUGCAGACUGAGGAGCAGUACACCUUCUUGUACGAGGCGCUGCUUGAAGGCUUGCUUUGUGGGAGCACGGGUGUUCCAGUGGAGAGCAUCGCCAGCCGUGUCCGCUGCCUUCGAGAAGCUGAGACCUCGAGGCACAACUAUGACCUUGAGAAGGAGUUCAAGGCUCUACAGAAGUUUUCAGAGUUGUUCCAGCUCCUGCCAUGCAGAGAAGCAGAGAAACCCAGCAACCAGCCCAAGAACCGCAAGCCAGGGAUCCUGCCAGCGGAUUGCUUCAGGCCCAUCUUGAUGUCCUCACUGAAUGCAGAUGGCUCACCAGGUUACAUCAACGCUGUGUUUGUCAAUACCUACACCGAGGAGGACAGACUCAUCAUCACCCAACUGCCUUUUGCCACCACGCUGGUGGAUUUCUGGGCUCUGAUCUGGGAUUACACCUGCACAUCAGUAGUUGUGCUGAACCAGCUCCAAGAGCUGGACGAGACAUACCUGGAGUUCUGGCCCACCCAGGGUGAAGCUGCCUACGGACGAUUCCAUGUCCAUCUGAUCUCAGAGGAGCCCGAAGUUGGCUUCACAGCCUGGACACUUGGCCUCACCAAUAGGCAGCAGCCCAAGAAGUCUGCACUGGAAGUCCGGUUAUGGCAGCUGAAGGACUGGCCCAUUCAGCAGCAUCUUCCCCCACACCCUGCCACCAUCAUCAGCCUGCUAGGGAAGGUGGAGACACGCCAUCGGCAGAGCCAAGGUGGACAUAUCCUCGUCACCUGCUGGGACGGUGCCAGCCGGAGUGGGAUCUUCUGUGCUGCUAGUUUCCUCUGUGAGCAGAUCCAAAGCGAGGGGCUGGUGAAUGUAUCCCAAGCUGUGCGGAUGCUGAAGAGGCGGCGGAGACAGAUGAUUAAAGAUGUGGAGCAGUAUGGGCUCUGCUACCAACUAGCCCUCUGUUACCUGAAUUCAUUUGAAACCUACGGGAACUUCAAGUAG